UCUGUGUUUCCGUAACAGAGUCCUGUCGCUCACACCGGACUCAGAGAUUGAAAAUCAACUGGUUGUCGCCUCUGUGGUGAAUUAGUAUGCGGCCGGAGUCUCCUCGCUGCCGCCACCGCUGACAUCCACCCUGAGGACUGCGCGGCAGCCCUGAAGUCUCCGCCGUGCCUGCUGAGUGACUCCUCGCCCCGGGGAGGACGAGGAGGAGGCGGUGGCAGCAAAAGCGGGCAGACCGGAGUGUGGAGCAGUCUUCUCGGACAUAACACGGACCUCCUCGCCUUGUGGACCAGGAAGAUGAUGGGCUUUUUACGCCGGACGUUCAGUCGCCGCUCCCGGAGCCGCUUCCACACCAGGGAGAGGGACGAGCGGGACGGUAAAGGGGGAGGAGGAGGAGGGGGGUUGACAGGGAACCCCCUGCUGUUGGCCCACCAGCAGCAGGUCGUCCACGCGCCCGCCGUGGUCACGGGCGGAGCACCGGUUCACAUACCGGCGGGCGGAACGGCGAGGACCACCAUCACCUGCCGCGUCUUGCUGCUGGACGGCUCGGAUGUCAAUGUGGAUUUGCCUAGCAAAUCCAAAGGUCAGGACCUGUUUGACCAGAUCAUGUACCACAUAGAUUUGAUAGAGACAGACUAUUUUGGAUUGCAGUACAUGGACACAGACCAAGUCUCGCACUGGCUGGAUAUGUCCAAGCUCAUAAAGAAACAGAUUCGAGAUGGACCUCCUUACCGACUCUUCUUCAGAGUGAAGUUUUACUCUUCAGAGCCAAACAACCUGCGUGAGGAGUUCACAAGGUAUCUGUUUGUGUUGCAGCUUCGACAAGACGUCCUGUCUGGCAAACUGAAAUGCCCAUAUGAUGUCUCAGUAGAGCUGGCGGCGUAUUGUUUACAAAGCGAGCUGGGAGACUGCGAUCCUCUGGAUCACUCUCCUGAGCUGGUGUCGGAGUUUCGUUUCACUCCCAAACAGUGCGCGACCAUGGAGGCGGACAUCUUCAGCAAGUGGCUGGAGCUCAGGGGAAAGAGUCCUACACAAGCAGAGGUUUCUUUUCUCAACAAAUGCAAGUGGCUGGAACUUUAUGGAGUAGAUAUGCACUUUGUCAAGGGCAGAGAUGGAGGAGAAUAUGCACUAGGUCUCACUCCUACUGGCAUCUUAGUAUUUGAGGGCUCCAACAAAAUUGGGCUCUUCUUUUGGCCCAAAAUCACUCGGUUGGACUUUAAAAAGAGUCGUCUGACACUGGUUGUGGUGGAGGAUGACGAUCAGGGUCGGGAGCAGGAGCACACGUUUGUGUUCCAGCUGGCCAGCGCCAAGACUUGCAAACACCUGUGGAAGUGUGCUGUGGAGAGCCACGCCUUCUUCCGCCUACGACAGCCAGCUACGGGCAAAGCCAGCCACAGCGACUUCACGCGACUUGGGUCUCGUUUCAGAUUCAGUGGGAAGACGGAGUAUCAGGCCACUCAUGGAGGAAGACUGAGGAGGACGAGUACAUUUGAGAGAAGGCCAAGCAAGCGAUACCCCUCCCGCACUCAUUCGCUGGGCAAAGCCGCCAUUUCUCCUGCCAAACCUUCACAUAUCAGCUCUCACACCAGCCCUGAUCCCAGCCUCCAUCCAUACCAGCACAACAUUCCCAUUGGCCGUGAGUCGUGGCGCACGCCCCACCCUGCACUCACACCCCCAGUUUACCUGCAGCCCUCCGGACACAUGCCACCACACAGUUUCCCCCUGAGUGGUCCUGCUUCUGAUCAGUUCAGCAUCGAGGAGAAUGAGACUUUUUAUUCUGGCAAGAUCCACCACCAUCACCGGCGCCACACACACAGUCAAGGCACGCUCUGCCACAACAAGAACAAGCGACAAGCUCCCCACUGCCAAGCAGACGAGUUUGAGAUUUCUCAGUCUCUGCUCAAGGCUCUCGAGUCGGACAGUGAUUCUCCUCCCUGGCCCUCGCUGCCGUCACUUCAUGUCAACAUUGACAACAAGGGAGAGGAGAAGCAGCUGUCUGAGAAGUCUCUGCAUCCCCCUGCCUCCCCAGCAAUGCUCCCCGACCGCCUUAAAUGUAACAUCCUCAAAGCCCAGAUGGAGGCAGCUUUCAGAAACGAAGAUCCAACAACGCCCAGAGGAAAGAACUCAAAUGAGACCCUCAGUGACAGGCAUCAGAGCUCAUCCCAAGACUCGGCUGCUUCCAGUUUUACUGCAGACAAGACGCCUCUGUGGCAAGAGCGCAGUCCAAUGCCAGACAGACUGCAGCCCAAAGCCAACCCAAGCACCAGCCGCAGAAAACGACUGGUUAGACAGUUCAGCUUUAACCAUGAAGAUGAAGAUAAUCUUCCAGAAGCACUUGCAGCCAUCUCCUCUCAGAGCAUGGCCAAGUCAGGCUCCAGCAGUUCAUUGGACAAACAGAUACAGCCCUCCAUAUACCCACAGGUGGACAAUAUGCCAGCACUGGAGCUCGGUAGUCCAUGCUGUCCGUCUCCUUCACCUUCCCCCCACCCGUCCCCUUCUUAUUACCGUAGCUCCAUUCCUCACCUGGUCCCUUACCUUGCUGCCCAUAAUGACAGUGGAGAGGAAACCAGGUUGGACAGAGAGAAGAUACUCAGAGCGCUCCUGAUGACGGAGCUCUGAGAUGUUGACCUCUGUCACACAAAAAGCUCAACUGGAGGUCCCCAAAGUUGUUGGCUGUGAUCAACAUUUGUAGAUUUGCAUAUACAUUCAGCAGUUAUAAAUAUAUAUUUGCAUAAAGGAAACUGUUAUUUUAGAUGGACGGUCCUUUCUAUUCAAUGAACUCAAAAGUAUAAAAUAUAGACUAAAGUGACAUGAACUGAAAUGAUGCACACACACACACACACACACACACACGCACACAGAAAACAGACUAGCUUCAGAUGAGCCUGGUGCUGCCUGCAUGAUCAAUGUGUUACAAGAUGAAAUGUCUUGCUUUGCAGUUAUGUUUAGGUUUAUGUGAUCACAUCAUCACUGUGUCAUUGUUGACAUCCAAACUGUGUUUUAGACAGUGACUGUUGAAGCAUCGAGCUGUACAAACAAACAUAAGCUGAAACUGCUGAAAUAAAAAGUCACUUCACUUUCAAAUCAAAGUGUAAAUAGACGUCAUAUUUGAUAUGCUGAAAGUGAGAGAGCGUGCAUCGGAGACUGUAUGUUUUCUGAUGUCAGCUGUGUACUUUGAUAUUACUAAACAUUUGCAGCAUUUUAGGAAGAAGAAAAAGAAGAAGAAACUCUGAAUAGUGCAGUGCAAAUCAAGAUGAGACUGGAUUGUCCUGACUGUGAAGCUGUGGUUUCAGUCGGUCCACUGGAGGGAGACAAACCUGCAGCCACUGCUCCUGCACUACAGGUUGUUAGAAGGAACAGAUACUGGAUCACGUUUGGUGUUUUCACCAGAGGUAGACAAUGAAACGCCGUCUCAUUGUCUACUGCUGCUUUGUCCUCCACAUGAGCGUUGCACACUGGAUUAAAGGCAGGGUACACCCUGGACAGGUCGCCCGUCCAUCACAGCUCACACAGUAUGUGCAAGUGCAGUUAGGUUCUGUAUGUUUUUGGACUGUGGGAGGAAACUGGAGAACCUGGAGAACCCACACAUGCACACGGGGAGAACAUGCAGAACAUGCAAACUCCUCCUGGCUCUUCUGCCUGGCUCGUGAACCCAGGUCUUUUCACUGCAAGGCGGCAGUGCUAACCACUGCUCUAUCAUGUGGUCCCUUCAGAAGUCACGCGAUUUAGGUUUGAGUUUGCAUUACCAUGCUGCUCAACAAGUUUAUUUCUAUUGUCACGUCCACAUCAGCGGCAGCAGUUCAUCUCCUGCUGUGCAGAAUGUGUUGAGUGAGCUGGGCCAUAUUAAAAGCCAUAUUAUCAGUUUGA